UGUUGGGACUGGAAAGCAAUGCGUUAUUGCAGAGAAUACUUCAGCUCCUGAAGUGUUAAACGGUGCCAGAAUGCAGGAAAUGAAGUGCUCAUGACGCACCGAAUAGGAAGAGCAAGAACAAAACAGUCUCCAGCAUGAAUAGACGCACAAACACGUUAGUGUACGUAGAUGGGAGAGCGUGAGAGAAUGGUGGCGAAAUGGACAAAAAAAAACUUCGGUGAAGUUUACAGCUGCACCUUGGAGGGAGGUGGACUCUGACAAGUUUCGACACUGCAGUGAAAGAGGAAGCUGCGGAAACGAACGGCAGAGGAAAGAGCCUGUUUGGGCUGUUAACGCCCAGUCAGAGAGAGGAAACACUGAUCGAUCCCCUCCCUCCCCUUCCACCAACAAAAGUCGGCACGACCAAAAGUUCAUGGUGCUUUAUUGUGUUAACACCGCGGCUUCAUCAGGUUUCGAAGGAGUUGUCCAAGAAAAAUAUCCAGUUAUGAAACAGCAUAAGAUGUCACUUCGCAUGGUAAUUGGCAUCUUCAUUGUUGCUUUGAUUGUGUUUCUCAUUUAUAUAGUAAACAGUCCACUUAGAAGCAUGCUAAAUUAUGCAAUUUUCGUGCAAAAUAUACCAAUGAAUAGCCAAGGAGACAACUUGCGAAAACCAACAGAAGCUUCCCCAAUGGAAUUGACCACAUCUGGCCAGGUCUCCAUCAAAAACACUAGGAUUCAACAUCAACAUCCAAACAAAGAACCUGGGAUUAUGUUUGUGCAAACAUCCAAUGAGCUAGAUCCUUCUCCAUUGGCCAUGUGCAGUAUUGAAUCAGCAGCUAGACUAAACAAAAAGAAAACAGUGUAUUUUUUCAUGAGAGCAUUCAAUGGGAAUGCAUCUGCGUAUCAAGAACCUGAGUACAAAGCCAUCCCUCUGCUUUCUUCAUUCAAGAAUGUGGUCAUCUUGCCCUUGAAUCCUAGAGAAUUGUUCAGUGACACACCCUUGGCUGGAUGGUAUGAGAAGGUAGAUCCCAGCAAAGAAAGCUACUGGUUCCAUGUGCUCGCAGAUGGCUGUCGGCUUGCCUUGCUGUGGAAGUACGGGGGCAUCUAUCUGGACACGGAUAUCAUUUCAAUUCAACCCUUGGACUUCGAAAACUUCCUCUGUGAAGAAUCUAGUAAUUAUGCCAAUAAUGCAGCUUUGGGAUUUAACCGCUCUCAUUCCUUUAUCAAGAGUUGCUUAAAGGAUUUUGUUGAGGAUUACAAUGGAGCAGACUGGGGUCAUCAAGGCCCUAAACUGAUGACCCGGAUGUUGAAGAAAUGGUGUAGGACUGAUGAUCUCGAUUACUUUCGGAACAAAAAAUGCAAAGGGAUCCUGUACCUGUCCAGCAACUGGUUCUAUCCUGUUCCUUACACCGAUUGGGAGAAGAUUUUUGAAGAAGAUACAUGGAACGGGAACGAUGAGAUUAUAAAUGAAUUCUCAAAGACGAGUGGGAUCCACGUUUGGAACUUUUUAAGUGGCCGUCAUGAAGCUCACGUUAAAGGCAGUAAAUCUUUAAUAGAAUACUUGUUUAGUAAAGACUGUCCAACCACAUAUAAUUCUCUGAGGAGAUGAUUUAAGUUGCUGAAGAAGCUCAGCAAGUCUGAUAGUAUCUUUGGAGAAACAGAGCUAACAUUCCAAGUACAGGAUGAUACUUCUUUGGAAGUGGACUGAUCCUACAUUAUGUUAAUUUGCAUAUUUGCAUUGUUUGCUAAUUAUGACAAAAUCACUGCCAACCAAACCAAUCACUGUGACUGACACUAUGGGGUUCCAUUUGGCCUUAUCUCAUUGUAUUUUCAUCUGUAUCUUUCUACUGUCUGUGAAGCUGCUGGGUAAUGGUAAGGAAUGAUAGAUGUGGAAUUCUGCC